CGACAGAACCUCAAGCGUCCGAACCGGUAGUCGAAGCGCCGGCCGCUCAACAAACUGCCGAUACGCCUGUCCCGGCAGAGCAACCGGCGCCCCAACCCGUAGAUGACGUACAGAAUCAGGCUGACAGUCCACCCGCGGAUCAGCCAUCGGAAGCUCCCGUCGACGUGACCGACACUCCCCUCCCCAGCGAACCGGCCGCCACUCAACCGGUUGUUCCCAUUUCGACGUAAACGACACCCAAAUUGAUACAAAAAUUACUUUUUUAUGUUAUGUUAAUAAUAAUGAAUUGAAAACAACACUCACUUCGCGGUACGUCUUAAGACUUUUUUUGACACAAAUGGACUUAAUGUUGAAAAUUAAUGGCAAUCCCAAUGAUUUUGACGCGAAUAUGAUAUAUAGUUUAGAAAUAAAUAUAUGUUUUGCGAGAAUAUUCUGUGGUUUUUGUAGAGAAACCAAUGUUUUAAUGACUAAAUUAAUUACGAAAC